GAGAAUGGAAGCUCACUGAGUAUUUUUACUGCAAUUUAACAAAAUCACUUAUCAUAUCAUGGAUUUAGUAAAUAUAAAUCCAAAACGAAAGGUUUUGCAAGUGGUCGUAGCGAGUAUUCUGAACGAAUCGGGAUUCGAUGCAGUUGAUAAAGAUGCUUUGGAUACUAUAACAGAAAUGUUACAAUGCUUUUUAACUGAGUUGGGAAAUACCACAAGAGCAUUCUGUGAACAUGCAGGCCGCACAGAGCCUGUUAUAGGAGAUGUCAUAGUUGCUCUUUGUGAUAUGGGUAUUAAUUGGAAAGGAAUAGAAGCAUAUUCAAGAAGGGAUAAUCGUCACAUAGUUCCGUCUCCACAACAUGUCACGGCACAAAAGCAAACAAAUAUUCUGCAAGCAGGUGUUAAGAGUGCACACCCUCCAUAUAUACCUGUCCAUUUGCCACCGCUGCCAGAUCCUCAUGCUUAUAUAAGGACACCUACACACAAACAACCUGUAACAGAGUAUGAAGCCAUCAGAGAAAAAUCAGCGAAUCAAAAGCGGGAUAUAGAAAAGGCUUUGACAAGGUUUUUGGCCAAAACAAGUGGCACACAUUCCCUAUUUGAUAGUGAUGACAAUUCAAUGUUUCCGUUGAUAGCUUGCAAGCCUGUAUUUCCUACUUACUUGAAUCCACUUCUACCUACUGAUCAAGUAUUUGAUUUUGAGGAACUAGAAUACCAUUACCAAGUAGCAAAUCGAACUGAAGAUUUACCAGAUACAAAGAAAGAAGAUGGAGAAAAUGAAGAAGAAGCUGAAUCUGAAAAUAAAAAUGACAGUGCUAAUACAUCUCAAAAUAGUAUCCAACAAUCUCAAAACAGUAGUAAUAUUGACAAUCCGUACUUACAGGCUGCACAAAAUACCCAAAACAAAAGAAUGAAGGAAUCCCUAGUGGAUGAUCGUAUUAAUUCGCGUGACCUCGGAGCUCCAAGUCUAGGAUAA